AUGGCGAGGUUGAGAUUCUCUAGUUGGCUAAUUAAAUUUGCCAAAAUACCCUUACGCUUCUCACAGUGGAUUCUAAUAAGAAUUUGGGUGCCACAAACUCGGGCUUCGAUUUCGGGCAAUGCCAGCUCAUUCGGGCCCGGGCUGUCAGAAUUAUCAUCCUCGGCAUUGGCCCGUGAUUUGCGGACGAGCACAACGGAUUCCAUCAUCUUCUUUGUGGUUUUCUCUUCUAGAAUUUGCACUCUUUCUUGGAGCCCCGGCACAAUAGUGGAAAGAGUUAGAAACCUCUGGCUCAGCUGCUCACGCCUCUUUCUCUCCGCAACAAUAUGGUCAUACGUUUGCGGGCCCUUACCGGCCCGGCCGGUACGUCUCUUGGCAUUAUCGGCCCGUUUGGAUGGCUCUUCGGGCUGCUUCUCAGUUUCAGGUCCGAUAUUGGCAGCCUCCUCAUCUGCUGCAUCUGUGGGCCCAACAGCGGGCCCAUGA